AUGUCCGUCAGGGGAUACUUGGUCGCGUUUUCCAAAUUCUCUUUUCUUCUCUCUCUGAGGAUCUUGCUUCUUGUGCCUGCAGGGUCAGUCCGCAGCCAAGGAGAUGCACAGUCCGACAACAAAGUCAUGGACAACAUCACGGUGCGCCAAGGGGAGACCGUCUUUCUCAGGUGUGAGCAGGGAGACGUGGUGACCCACACGGCGUGGCUCAACCGCUCCAGUAUCCUGUACGCGGGCGAGGACAAGUGGUCAGUGGACCCCAGAGUCAGCCUGGUCACUCUCAACCAGGAGGAGUUCACCAUAAAGAUCGAGAACGUGGAGAUGACCGAUGAGGGCCAGUACGUGUGCGCUGUACAGACCAGCCGGAGACCAAGAACCACCUCAGUGCAUAUCCUCGUACAGGUCCCACCCAAAAUCAUCAACCUGUCCAAAGACCUGGUGGUGAACGAGGGCUCCAACGUGACUCUGGUGUGUCAGGCCAGCGGGAAGCCAGAGCCCUCCAUCAGCUGGAAGCUCAUCUCCUCCUCAGGUGAUGUGGGGUCAGACGAUGAGUACCUGGAGAUCCCGUCCAUCAGCAGACAGAGGGCAGGGACCUACGAGUGUACGGCCGUGAAUGACAUCGAAACGGACGCGCAGACUGUGGACAUCACUGUUAACUAUGCCCCCACGGUGUUGGAGGGCAGAGACGUGGGCGUGACCCUGGGGCAAAGGGGGGUCCUGGAAUGUGAGGCGGACGCGGUGCCCGAGGCCGAUUUCGAGUGGUACAAAGAUGAAAGGAGAAUCGUGAAUGGUCUGGACGGUCUGGAGAUCGUGAGCUCUGGCUCUCUGUCCAAACUGACUUUCUUUAACGUGUCUGAGGGAGACUACGGCAACUACACCUGUGUGGCCAACAACAAACUGGGCUUCUCCUCCACAAACUUUCUGCUCUACGUGGUAAUUGAACCCACUAGCUCAACGCUCUUGCAAGGUCCGAGAGCAGUCCAGGACGGGGGCGCAGGGGCCAUGGCUCUUCACUCCACCAGCUGUCUGCUCCUCCUAGCACUGCUCCCUCUACUGCUGCAGAGCUUCUGAACCCAUCCAACAACCAGUGAACGAAUGGAUGAAUGGACGAGUGAAUGAGUGAAUGAAUGAAUGAGCGAAAGAGUGAUAGAGUGAAAGAGUGAUCAUGUGAACAAAUGAGUGAAUGCCUGAAUGCUGAGAGAGCGAGAGAGAGUUGUUUUGUUC